CUCCAGACCCGGGAGCAUCCAAUUCCGGUAUCGCUGGCGGAGCUCUUGGGCCCCCGCGCCCGGGAGGGAACUGGCCUCCCAGCGAACCGCCCCAGGCAUCCGCGCCACCCCCCAGCUCGUCAGUGCGGGUCGCCGGCCCUGUCGCCAAGGCCGAGCGCAAAGACCUCGCGUCGCCGUUUUGGAAGGCGACACAGCUCCCAGUUCGGGCGCAAUCCCCGCAACCCGGGUCCCGGCUGGGGCCGCGCCGAGUCCCUAGGACUUUGACGGGUUAGGGCAGGCGACGCCGAGAGCCAAGCCGCCUCCAGCCCUCCCCAGCCCUACCCCAGCGCCGGCUCCAGUGCCCGAGCCCGGCGGCCCAGCGCCGCGCCGCGCGGGGAGAGAAGCAGCUGUUCCCAACAGCUGGGGGGCGGCGGCGCAGGGCGCCCCAGGUGCGGCCGCGGCCAAUCGCAGGCGUCCGGCCCGCCCCCUCCCCAGCCAGGCGCCGACCCCCGGCCAGCGGGGGAAGGGAGCAGAGAGGGGGAGAGGCGUCCUCGCCACUUGUCUUCCAGCUUCCGCGGCGGGAGGGACGGAACCCGAGCCGAAGCCGCGCGGAGUCCCCCGCCCCGGGCCCCGCCGCCGCCGCGCCCCCCGCCCGCCCACCUCCGCGCCCGGACGCUCUCAUCGCCGACCCUCCCCGCGCCGCACCCGAGACACCUACCUAAUUUCUAGGAAAGAAAAGUCUACCUCUAAACACACCCAAUUCUUCGCUUGAGGACCACCCUCCCUUUUCAGCUUUGGCCUCCCCGCCGGGUGAGUGGAAACCGUUUGCACAUCCUACAGAACCGGAGCCUAACCCAGACGAUCCGGAGAAUUUUACCGUGACCGGCAGGGGGGGCGGGAGGAGAGAGCGAAGUCAGGUCUCCGGGGCUGCUGGCGACUUCGGCAGCCGCGCGCCCCGCGCCCUCGGCCGACCCCGGCCGCUCGCCCCCGCCUCGCCGCCGCCCUCGCCCCCGGGCUCGCCCGCAGCCCCCGGCGGCCGCGCCAGAGUGCGGGAGACGCGGAGCCGGAGGAGGAGGCGCAGCCGCUGCCCCAGCCGCAGCCGCAGCCGCAGCCGCAGCCGGAGCCCGAGCCGCGGGGCGGGCGCGAAGAUGCACACGACCCAGAAGGACACGACGUACACCAAGAUCUUCGUCGGGGGGCUGCCCUACCACACCACGGACGCCAGCCUGCGCAAGUACUUCGAGGUCUUCGGCGAGAUCGAGGAGGCGGUGGUCAUCACCGACCGGCAGACGGGCAAGUCCCGGGGCUACGGAUUUGUCACCAUGGCUGACCGGGCUGCUGCCGAAAGAGCCUGCAAGGAUCCCAACCCCAUCAUUGAUGGCAGGAAGGCCAAUGUGAAUCUGGCAUACUUGGGAGCAAAACCAAGGAUCAUGCAACCAGGUUUUGCCUUUGGUGUUCAACAGCUUCAUCCAGCCCUUAUACAAAGACCUUUUGGGAUACCUGCCCACUAUGUCUAUCCGCAGGCUUUUGUGCAGCCUGGCGUGGUCAUCCCGCACGUCCAGCCGACCGCAGCGGCCGCCUCCACCGCACCUUACAUUGACUACACGGGAGCCGCGUACGCACAGUACUCGGCGGCCGCCGCUGCUGCCGCCGCCGCCGCCGCCUACGACCAGUACCCGUACGCAGCCUCCCCGGCUGCCGCGGGCUACGUCACGGCCGGGGGCUACGGCUACGCGGUGCAGCAGCCAAUCACCGCCGCCGCCCCUGGGACCGCGGCGGCCGCCGCCGCCGCAGCUGCCGCCGCCGCUGCCUUUGGCCAGUAUCAGCCUCAGCAGCUGCAAACAGACCGGAUGCAAUAGGCUAGAACCUGAUCAAAGUCGAAUCGUUUCCUCUUUCCCUCCCGAUUUCCCAAUUUUCAGUAGCUAAUAAGAGUUAACAUUGACUUAACAGCUUUAAAAAACAAAAAACAAAAAAAAGCUAUGCUAUUGUGAAGCAGAAUUAUGAUGAUUAGUUUUUUUUAAUACUCCAGUAGUAGUUCUAGACGUGAAAGAGAUGAGAAUGAGGGGGGGAGUGGGCGCAGUUUUGGAAAUCAAUCCCAAAGAGCCUGAGUAAAUAAAAGGCCGCGACGAAACGGUGGCAGGAGGAACAAUGGAACUUCACUUUUAUAACGGGAUUUUUACUUUUGCUCUUUUUAUAGUAUCAGGGAAGCAAACUGUCUUUUACCAGUUAGAAAAUGCUGUUUGAAUCUAGUUGAACCAGGGAAUACAGAGUGAGCAAUAUGUAGCUUGAAUUACAUUUAAAAGCAGAUUUUAAAAAAAAAAAUGGUGAAAGCACUGAUUGUCAGUUUUAGCAGUCACUAUGGCCUAGAGAACUAUUUCAAGAAGGUAAUGUUCUUACUCUCAAAAAUGGGCAUCGAACAAUCAAUCUAGGAGCAUGGCGGUGGGUGAAAUGGUGGACAGGCACCAAAGCUAUUUUCUCAUCUACCCAGUGGAUGAGUGGGACUGUGAAACAAGUGAUGUGGAAUGAAUGGGUGCAACAGCUGUACAGACAAUCAAUAACACACACAGUUCUGGAAAGAACACAUCACUUGUGCUUGUUUGAUGAGCUUGUCACAUUCUAAUCCCUCUCCCCAUCCUGUUUCAAUUUUGGGAAACUUGUAUCUGCUGGUGUCAGCAAUUCUGAUUCUGAAAUAGGAUCAGGCUUUUACUACAACAGCCUUCUCUUUCUAUUUAUUGUGUCGACUCGUGGCUUAUGAUUAAAGGCGGGCAAAGUUUGCAGACUCUAAACCCUUAAGAACUGUCUUAAGGACAUUUAUUUUUUUCCCUUUUUAAAUAAUUUUACACUUUUUAGUAUCUAUUUCAGAGUCAUAUUUAAAACUAUUUAUUAGUGAAUACAGUACAUGAGACAACAAGGUUAAUGAGAUUACAAUUCUUCAACAAUUAAUGAUAAUGUGGUUUAUACUGUGCCUUAAUAGUAAUGCUAUUUAAGAUAUUUAUUUUUAAGUUUUACUAUGCUGCACUCUAAAGAAAGGAACUUUAGAUGUGACACUGUAAAAUUAUGUAUUCAUCUCAUGGCAUAAAUUAUUUAGUAGGUCUAGAUGUAGCAUAUUAAAUAUUAACCUAUUCAACUAAAGAUGUUGACUUGGAUUUAUUUAAAUUCAUAUGUGCACUGUAUAAGAGAGUACUCUUACAUUAACACAUUUUAGUUUAUUUUAGUUUUUAGGUUUUUUUUUUAAUUUUUAACAGGACCUAUUGCUAGUUUCAUGCUUCCUUCUCUGAUUUUUGCUCGUGUAGCUCUCAUUUAUUGGUACUUCAUUAGUUUAACACUCUUCUUAUGUAGUUUAUGUAGUUUUUAAAUGCUGCUUUACAUUUUUCUUCUGAAACUGCAAUACUUGUAAUUUUUAUUCUUAAAGUAAAUUGAAUACUAUUUUACACUGUAUUGGAUUUUUAUACUUGAACAAUUUCAUACAAGGGAAGACAGGUUAGCAUUUUUAUGGACUUUCUCCAUUAUCACUGGAUUUACUUUAAGUAUUCCCAUACUAGACAGUGUUAUGUAAUGUAGACAUGACUCUCCUGUGCAAAUUAUUUAUUCAUUGUGUAUAUUGCUUUAUAACAUUUCAGAUCUUCUAAUCUAUUCACUUGUAUUAAAUAUAAUUUUUAAAAACUUU